CUAAAUAUUAUAUUUAUAAUUUCAAAAUAUCAUAUUUUCCCUUCCACCAAAACAACGCAUGAACUCCUCUCCCUGAUGUCUAAUCUCUAUAAUCGGUUUCCUCCUCAACCUCAAGAUGAAAUCCCCUUCCUAACUUCCAUGCAGGUGUGUUUCUCCAUUGUUCAGAUCAACAAGAUUUUCAAAGAUGGAAUUGAUGGAAAAAAAUGAAACUACAGACAUAAUAGAAUUCAGUGUGAGCGGAAAGAAGAAGAUAUUUGCAUCCAAGGCCACUAGAAAACCUAAAGAAGACCUCUUUGCGAUUGCUCUUCUACUAUUUCAUUUUUUUUCUGUAGUCGCUCUCUCAUCCAUUAGGAAAGCUAAAACACUCUUUCCUAAUCUCAAUCAAGAUCUUCAAAUCGUGAAAGAGGAUGUAAUAGAAGCUUUGGAAGCCCUCCGAGAAGUUUCAGAAGCCAUUGAUGAUUCAAAUGUUGUUCUAUGUGCUAUUGGUUUCCGUGUUCUUAGGACUUAUUGGGUCCAUGAAAUCUCACUUGGUCCCCACUUAAACUUGAAGACAUAUGUUUCAAAAACUGAGGAAUUUAUAUUAAGCUUGGUUAAUCGGCUCGCUUCACUAAAACCAAGUCAAGUUUUGUCUACUACUCUAGACUUCCAAGCUUGUGGAAGGAUCAAAGAAGCUAUCUCAAAUCUUCCUAGAGCAACAAAAGAUGCUAACAUAGAAGAAGAUGCAGCCUUGACACGUGAUUCAGAAAUGGUGGAAUCAUAG